AUGUCAAUACUCUGCACUGUGAACAGGAACGAAAGCAACCUGGCUGAGAUGAUCAAGGCUGCCGUAGGUGAAGAAAUGAAAGAGGUGUGGGAGCAGAUUGCUAAGCUCCGAAAAGAAGUUUCGAGCAUCCAAGAUCUGAAGCCUGAGAUGCAAAGAAGUCUUGAUCGCCUGGCGGAGGAAGAUCAAAAGCGUUGCCAGGAAAUUUCUGCGCAUAAGGAAGUCUUGGAACAAUUUCUCGACGACAUUCAGAAUAUCCAGAAGCAGUCCGAGGCAGACAUCGCCAGAGUGGAAGAGCGCAUUUCAAAUCAUCAAGCCGCCACAAAACGACAGUUUCGAGAUGUGACUGGGAAAAUUUCUGACCGUCGGGGAAGUGCAGAGGAAGCUGUGAGUAGGGCAGGUUUGCAAGCAGACCUUGUCAAGGUUGAGACAGAGAGUGUCCUCAAUGCUGUUCUUGGCAAAAUUAAGCAGCAAAAUGAAGACCGUGAAUCCGAUCUCCAGCUCUUGCGACAGAACUUCCAGGCUGACAUUAAUUCCCUCCAAAGUCUUGUGAAAAGUAUCGAAGAGAGCGUGAAUGCUCAGGUGUUUCAAGUCCUUGAAGCUGUAAAAAGUGAAGCAGACAAGAUCCCAGAGACCCCAGCCCGGGGCAAGAGGCUUCGAAGGCGCCAGCAAGUUCCAGAAGGACGCAGGCAUGCUUGUUGGCAAGGAUGCUUGCGAUGCCAAGGCCUUAGCCAGGUCAAAGAACAGCAGCUCAAAUUGGGAACACCUCAGCAGCUCAAAUCGUCUAACUAUUCCAUGGCAGCAAGUUUCGACUUUGCUUCUGGGGCAGUGCUGGAGGACACUGUUGUGGUGGAAAAGGUGGACAAGGUGGACAAGAACAUUCAAGAUUUAGUCGAAGAAAUGGAGGCAACUUGCAGUGCUUCGAAUACAGAGCACGAAACUCUAGAUCAAGGACCGGACAAGAAAGUUGAGAAAGGCUGCUGUCGCGAUUGCUUGAGGCAGUUCACCAUGGCAGGGACUUGUGGAACUUUGCCCGCGAGGAUACAGACCCAAUACAUGUUCCUCGCCCAGAAGGCUGUGCAGAUAUGGCUUCGAAGCUACGAUUUUGCCAGGCAGUCCCUGGCCGUUCAGGCGUGCAAUCGCCUCCGAAGUUUCUCUGUGACGCCGAGGAGGAGAGAGCUUCUUCGCUUGGCUUCUUGCGCACCAGCAAUGCCAACUUCUGCACAGGCUCAAGGCUUUGACUUGAGCUUCCUUGAUCCAAAAGCUCCGCCGGAUGUGGCGACGGUUCCAAAAGACGCAGAAAUUCUGCCGAGUGGUUUAGCAUCAAAGAUGCUGCUGAGACCUACUUGUGCUUUAUCAAAGUCCAUUCCGUUGACGAAUCCUGACUGCCAGAGGCCCCAGCCAUAUGACAAGGUCUUGAUUGACUACACUGGAUGGACACCUGGCGGCAAAAUGAUUGAUAGCAGCCGCAAUGAGAAGCGGCUUGUUCGAGUAGACUCCGUGAUGAGGGGCUGGACGGAAGGACUGCAGUUGAUGGCACCUGGUGAAUCUCGGCGAUUCUGGAUCCCUGCUGAGCUCGCCUUUGGAACCAAUGAGACAGAAACUGCCAAGCCCACCGGCCCACUUGUGUUUGACAUUGAGCUCUACUCGAUUGAAAAGCAGCCAAAGCCUCCAGCAGAGCUCACACAACCCCCCAAAGAUGCUGAGUUCACUCCAAGCGGUCUUGGUUUCCGAAAGAUCAAACCAGGAACAGGAAAAGUCAAUCCUCAGCUCGAGUCGAACGUUACAGCCUUGUACAACGGAUGGUCUUCAAACGGAGAUUUGGUGCUGUCAACAUCUUUUGGCCCGCAAGACACCUUUCUCGUUCGCGAGGUACCAAUUGAAGGCCUGAAAGAAGCUCUGCAGUUAAUGGUGGAAGGCUUGCCAGAAACUGAAGGGAGACGCGACGUUUCUGGAUCCCUGGCAAACUUGGCUUCGGAGCGACUGCUGAAGAAAGUCGCGGGCUGCCGCCAGGUCUUACCCCCUCCACCGCCUCCACCUUUCGGGCAAGAUGGGGUGUGGAUUUGGGUACCAGAAGGCGAAGAAGCACCAGUCGGAGGAAUGGUUCCCCAUGAGGGAGCAUUUCUGCCUUGUGCAGACAUAGAUGACGAGGAGCUGGCAGAAGCCUCGUACGCAGCUAGUCAAAGCCCGUCCCAAGGCUUCGCGAGUGCAUCGAUGCAGGCUGCCUUCGCAGAGAUGCCCCUGGGACCAGCUCCGUCGGGACCAGCUCGCUCGGACUAUUCCUCUGGAGGCACAUCUGCAGGAGGUCAGGAGAAGACACAGAUUGCCCAGAUUCCUCCAGCAGUUCCACCUGUCUCUCGCCAGGGUGAGUUCCCAUCAAAUUUUACUGAUGGUUUUCAUUCGCAGGCAUCUUAUGCUGCUGGAAUGUCCGGGAUGCGUGGCUUCGCUGAUGCGAAAGAUGCAUUUGCUGCCUCUGCCGCAACACCACGAGGAAAUGAGGAUGCCUCUUCUAUGAAGAGCCCUUCAGUUCAAUCGAAUCCGUCGAAUCCAUAUCUCAGUCUUCCAGGUGUUGUUCAGGCGUCCAUGAGGGACUCUCCACCAGCCUCCCAGGCACAGGUCCCCCAGGUCUGGAAUCCAUUUCCAACGGAGACCAUUGCUGCCGACCCUCCUGUGGAGCAGGCAUGGAAUCCUUGGGCGAGCAUGGGUGAGGUUGAUGGACCGUUUGGAAGAUCUCUGCAGGAAACACAGAGGAUGAUUGUGGGAGACAUUGGAGCAUUCAACUCUGACGACUGGAGGUCUCGAUCUGCUUUGCCCAGCAUGCAAAGUGUCCCUGCGCCUUCUUCAAACUCCUUGCAAGCCACGGCCUUUCCAGCUGGAGCUACUGCUGCAGCUGGUCUUCCAUCCAUGCCUUCUAUGCCCUUUGGAAGCGGCUACGGGGCUCAACUCUCACCCAUCGGCAUGGAGGAUUUUCAUUCUUUGGAAAGCACAUCCUUCUGGAAAGUGCAGCCAGCGGCAGCACCUGUGCAGAACGGCUCAGUCCAAGUUCCAACUCCAAGGCCGAACAGCGACCGCGUAAACCGCGUAAUGCCGCAGGUGCCGCAGGUUGGUAUCAGCAGCCAAGGUUCUAUUCCUCCAGGCAGAAAAUCUAUACCUUCUGCAGGUUCUGGCAGCCAAGGUUUUCUGACGUCCACGAGUGAUGGGCUUGAGGUCACAUAUCCAAUGAAUCAGGUGGCACCGCUGUCAAGCCAACGAUUGAGCCAGAAUGCUCGGCCAUUGCCAAAUCCGACAGAAGUACCAGGUGCUGCACACCUAGCGUCUCCCAACGCACAGAGUCCAACUCCGUGGCCAUUGGCGAGCGCAGGCUUGAGACCAACUCCACAGGUCCAACUGUUAGAUGUGACUGGUGCUGGUUCCUGCCUUCGAAACAAUAUGGAUAUUCCUGGAAGGCCAGACUAUGAUGUGCUCGGGCCUAUGUAUCCUGCUCCAGCCUCAUGUGGCGCCAAUGUGACUUGGAUGAACGACCCAAGGCUUGCUCAGAUGCCUGUUGCUCAGAUCGCAGAACGAAAUCGCCAUGCAGCUCCCGUGCUCCUGGAUGUUACAAGUGGAGGCCAGGCCUUUCAUCCUGACGACUAG